UGUUCUAGUGUUGAAUCGAAGAUCUCUGAUCCAGUUUUGAAGAAGAUGAUGAUGAAGAAUUCAAGAAGCAAGAAGAAGAUGUUGGAAUGCAACAGCAGCAACUCCCUGCGGAGAAAUAGGGGGGUGUCGUUACAGCCCGAUCCCGGCGACGACCUUUCUUUCCGCUUCAGCACCGCAUCGGAUUCCGCUAACGACACCCGGACAUCGUCGUCGUCGAACAUGGGAUACUACGACGACGUCGUUUCCUGGGCCGACUCGCCGUUCAUCCCCGGAAGUUCAUUCGACCAGUACCCGUCGUCUCCCUUGGCCAGGUCUCCCUGGCACGCUCAGAGCUCUGCGCCGCCGCCCGUCGCCGCCGCCGACGGCGACGGCGACGACGGCUACUCCUACACCGGCCCAAUGGGCUCCCUGGUCCGCGAAGAGGGGCAUAUAUACUCCUUGGCCGCCUCCGGCGACCUGCUUUAUACAGGCUCCGAUAGCAAGAACAUAAGGGUAUGGAAAAACCAGAAGGAGUUCACGGGGUUCAAAUCCAACAGCGGGUUAGUGAAAGCGAUUAUAAUCGCCGGGAAGAGAAUCUUCACCGGGCAUCAAGACGGCAAAAUUCGAGUCUGGAAAGUCUCCAGCAAGAACCCCAGCGUUCAUAAGCGAAUUGGGACUUUACCCACGUUCAAAGCUUGUAUCAAGAAGUCGAUCAAACCCAGCAAUUACGUGGAGACGAAGAAGAACCAUAACGCCGUGUGGAUCAAACAUUUCGACGCCAUUUCAUCUCUCACGCUCAGCGAGGAUUCCACGCUCUUGUACUCAUCUUCCUGGGAUAAAACCAUUAAAGUCUGGAGAAUAGAGGAUUCUAAGUGCUUGGAAUCAAUAAGCGCCCACGACGACGCCGUGAAUUCCGUGGUUUUGGGGUUCGACGGGCUAGUCAUUUCCGGGUCGGCCGACGGGACGGUGAAGGUGUGGCGGCGGGAGUUUAAAGGAUAUCGCACAAAACAUUUCCUCGUGAAAACGUUGUUAAAGCAAGAAUGCGCGAUUACGUCGCUGGUUGUUGACCCAUUGGAUACCUAUAUUUACAGCGGCUCCUCCGACGGGCUGGUGAAUUUCUGGGACCGGAACAUGGACCCGUUGCCGUCGGGGGUGUUGCGGGGCCACAAACUGGCGGUUCUGUGCCUAGCGGCGGCCGGGAAUUUAGUCUUCAGCGGCUCCGCCGACACCAACAUCUGCGUGUGGAGGAGGGACGGCUUCGAUCACCUGUGUUUGUAUGUCCUGAGCGGCCACGCCGGCCCCGUUAAAUGCCUGGCGGUGGAAGAAGACGGCGCCGCCGCCGAAAGUAACUGGAUACUCUACAGCGGCAGCCUUGAUAAGUCGGUGAAGAUAUGGAACGUGUUUUCGCAAUCGCCACCCAUGCAAUCACAAAAUCUCCAGAUCAUCCCACAACACGCGGCGGCGGCGGCGGCGGAGGCGGACGCUGGCGGCUUCUUCCCGCCGCAGCCCACCUUGUCGUCCCAAGCUAGCAGAAUACACCGCAGCAGGCAUGAAUGGUAA